UUUAUGUGUGUAUACUGUAUAGUUUGUUCACUGUGAUUUCAUUUCACUGCCGUUGAAGCGUCACUCAAGUCCACUUCCUAGAGAGAGAAACUAGGAAUAGGUGCUAAUUGUAUGCAGAUCCGUUCUUGUAAUCUUGAGAUUGGUGAAUUUUAGCCCAAACCCAAAACCCUAAAAGCACUUCUCUUUCUCUCUCUCUCUCUGUCCGAGAGUGUAGUUGGUAUCCUUUGUUGGCCCUGUUGUUCUGUUAAUUUUGGCUUAUUCGUACCUAAUUUUCUCUCUUAUCCGCUUUCCGUUUUGCUUCCGACAAUAGACCCUUUUGUUUUUGUUUCGCUAAAUUUUGUUUUCGGAAAACAAAAACAGAUUUUGGGUAAUGGAGGUUGGUUUUGAGCUUUAAGAAAGCUUCAGAUCUGACGAAGAAGAGGGUUGGUUUGGUUUGGUCUGGUCUGGCUGUCACAAGAGAUGUUGACACGCGAAUGCUGCUUAUUAUUAUCAUUGAUGGUCUCGUCUUUUUUGACUUAAAACCCCCCCUUCCAACAACUUUAACUCUGUUCUCAGAUAAACUCUCUCUCUCUCUACCCUUUUGGUUGUGAAGGCUUUUUGGGUUCUUCUCUGUUUCUUGAGAGAAGUGUAGUUGAAAUCUUUUGCUUUCUUGGGGGUGUUGGUGGAAAAGGGACAGAGGGUCAACGUCUUCUUGGGGGGUUUAGAGAGAAAUUAAAGAGAAAUAGGUAGCAAUGUUUGGGAUGGGGAGUCCUAACAGUGACCGUACGACCACUACUUGCAAUGCUUUACUCACAGAACUUCAGCAAAUAUGGAAUGACAUUGGCGAGAGUGAAGGAGAUAAAGAUCGUAUGUUGUGGGAGCUAGAGAAAGAGUGCUUGGAAGUUUACCGGAGAAAGGUUGAUGAGGCUGCCAAUGCUAAGGCACGGCUUCAUCAGUCUCUUGCAGCAAAGGAAGCGGAGCUUGCAACCCUAAUGGCUGCUCUUGGGGAACUUAAUCUUCAGUCACCGAUCACAAGAGAGAGGAGAACAACACCACUGAAGGAGCAACUUGCAUUGGUCACACCACUGGUGGAAGACUUGAAACUAAAGAAAGAAGAACGAAUUAAGCAAUUUGUAGAGAUAAAAGCACAAAUUGAAAAGAUUACUGGCGAGAUAUCAGGAUACAGUCAUCUCAUCAAUGCUGUGGCUUCUUCAAAUCUGGAAGAACAAGACUUGUCAGUGAGAAAGCUUACUGAAUUCCAAACACAUCUUCAUAAUCUUCAAAAGGAGAAGUCUGAACGGCUCCAUAAAAUUUUGGAGUGUGUGAACGAGGUGCAUUCCUUAUGUGGUUUGCUUGGGUUGGAUUUUGGCAAGACUGUGAGUGAUGUGCAUCCAAGCUUGCAAGGGACAAACCUAGAACAGUCCACAAACAUCAGUGACAGCACUUUGGAAGGUCUGGAACAGGCCAUUCGAAGGUUGAAGACAGAGAGAAAAGUUCGAUUUCAAAAGCUGAAAGAUAUUGUGGCUUCACUAUUUGAACUUUGGAAUUUGAUGGACUCCACCAAAGAAGAUAGGAGUAACUUUUCAAGGAUUACUUCCAUUAGUGGAUCAUCAGAGUUGGAAAUUGUGGAACCAGGCACUCUUUCAAUAGAUAUUCUCGAACAGGCAUCAGCAGAAGUGGAUAGGCUCACUAAACUGAAAGCAAGCAGAAUGAAGGAACUGGUUAUGAAAAAGAGGUCAGAAUUGGAGGAUAUAUGCCAUAAGACCCAUAUUGAACCUGAUCCAAGCACAGCUGCUGAAAAAUCCAGUGCAAUGAUAGAUUCUGGUCUUGUGGAUCCUUGCGAACUUCUGGCGAACAUUGAAGCACAAAUAAUCAAAACAAAAGCCGAAGCUUUAAGUCGGAACGAAAUUAUGGAUAGGAUAGAGCGAUGGCUUUCUGCCUCUGAUGAGGAAAAUUGGCUUGAAGACUAUAAUCAGGAUGAGAACCGGUACAGUGCUGGAAGAGGUGCUCACAUAAACCUAAAGCGUGCAGAACGGGCUCGAGUUACUGUAAAUAAGAUUCCAGCAAUGGUUGACAAUUUAAUAAAUAAGACACUAGCAUGGGAAUCCGAGAAAAAGAAGCUGUUUCUUUACGAUGGGGUUCGGUUGGUAUCAAUACUGGAGGAUUUCAAAGUAACCAGACAACAGAAAGAAGAGGCGAAGAAGCGAUACAAGGACCAAAAGAAGCUCCAAGACCUGCUGCUUACAGAGAAGGAAGCCAUGUAUGGUUCUAAACCUAGUCCAAGAAAAGGCAAUAGCUUUAGGAAGGUGAAUGGAUAUCAUCUGAGUAGAAAUGGAUCCAUGCCUCCCACACCCCGCCGGAACUCAAUUGGCAGUCCAACUCCGGAGCUUCGAACGCCGCGAUCAUAUUCUGGGCGACAAAAUGGGUAUUUCAAGGAAAUGAGAAGACUGUCAACUGCACCACUGAACUUCGUUGCUAUAACAAAAGAAGAUGCCAUGUCCUCCUCAUCUGUUUGUGGUUCUGAACCGGAGUCUCCUCCUCAAGGCUGAAGUUGAAUUGGAAGAAGCAACUUCUUAUGAUCCCAACGACUGUACACUGGUUAGGAUAGCAGAAACAUUGUGAAUACGGAAUGUACACUUGUAUUGCGGUUGGCAUAUUUUAGAAUGAACUGUGGUAACUGACCAAGGAUCAUGCACUUGGUGUUAAUCAUGUUUGAAGAAAAGCAGAUGCUGGAAGCGGUGGCAUUGAUAGAUUGUAGUUGGGCUAUACUAGUUAACUUUACGUCGUGUGUGUUGAAAUAGAUGCUAGUGACAAUGUAUGUUUCGGAUUUUGCUUGUCUACUGCUUCUUCGUGUGUGUAUAUAUGUAAUUCAGUGUGAGGCCAUCAUUUUACGUAGUAAACUUCUUUCCUUUAAAGUGCUGGUUGUAGGAUGUUUGAAUGGAAAGAGAAGUUUUAUGUCUUCCAGGUUGUUUAUAA